AUGUCAUUCCAUCCCCCUCGCAAGGUCAUCCUCACCAAAGAGCAGCUCGAGCACUUUCAGGCAUCUGAAGCGCACAAAAACAUCAUCUCGUACAUCGAAACCCUCAAUGCUGCCGUUGUAGGCGUCAAACUCACCGACGAUUGCGUCGAAUCACCUGGCGUCAAGGCAGUAGUUGCUGUCCUGGAUCAGGUUGAGGAGAUCGCAAAAGCUACGCCGCCGGUGGACAACAAGGCGUCACGGUUCGGGAAUCCAGCAUUCAAGACAUUCUACGACAAGGUGGCUGAGAACGCAUCGUCUCUACAUGCAACCCUGCCCGAACUUCCCGGGGAAGCGAUCCCUGAACUAGCGGUGUACUUUGGCGAGUCAUGGGGAAACCGGACGCGCAUCGAUUAUGGAAGCGGGAUGGAGCUCAACUUCUUAUGCUGGUUAAUUUGUCUAGAACGGCUAGGCGUAGUGCAAGAAAGUGAUCAUGUUGCCUUGGUCAUUCGGGUCUUUUGGAGAUAUGUGCAGGUGAUGAGGGUGCUGCAGUCAACGUAUUGGCUAGAGCCUGCUGGUUCCCAUGGGGUGUGGGGGCUGGACGACUAUCAUUUCCUGCCAUUCCUGUUCGGUUCUGCACAAUUGCGAGGUCACAAGUACAUCAAGCCCAAGUCGAUCCACGACAGGGACAUCGUGGACGAGUAUGCGAAGCACUACAUGUAUUUUGCAUGUAUCAAAUUCAUCAACUCGGUGAAGACGGCGUCGCUGCGGUGGCACUCGCCCAUGCUUGAUGACAUAUCCGCGGUCAAGACGUGGGACAAGGUGAACUCGGGCAUGGUGAAGAUGUUCCAGGCGGAGGUGUUGGGGAAACUGCCUGUGAUGCAGCACUUUUUGUUUGGGUCGAUCCUGGCUUGGGACGGGCCGCUGCCGCCGGAGCGCGAGGAGGUCGAGCAGGACGACGGACACUGGGGCCAUGCGCAUGCGCACAGGGCGGAUCUGAGCGGGGCAGGACAGCGGGAGGUAGGGUGGGGGGACUGCUGUGGAAUACCGGUUCCGUCUGUGUUUGCGGCGGCGGAGGCAGAGAAGAGGAGGCAGCCCGGGCCACGACUUGUCGGGGCAGGGAUCAGGGCGGUUCCGUUUGAUUGA